UUUAUUCGUGUCGUAGCUUCCUUCCUUCUCCUUCUCCUUCUCCUUCGUUUGUUUAUCGCCACUGCAACUUUCUCAUCUUGAUUAAAAAAAAGACUAGAAAAGAAGAAAGAGGAUGAGGCCGAUACUGAUGAAGGGACACGAACGUCCAUUGACGUUCCUCAGGUACAACAGAGAUGGAGACAUGCUCUUCUCCUGCGCCAAGGAUCACACUCCCACUCUCUGGUAUGCUGACAACGGCGAACGCCAUGGAACCUUCCGUGGUCACAACGGUGCCGUUUGGUGUUGUGAUGUCUCAAGGGACUCGUUGACGUUGAUAACCGGAAGUGCUGAUCAGACUGCUAAGCUAUGGGAUGUGAAAACCGGACAACAGUUGUUCAGUUUCAAGUUUGGUUCUCCCGCGAGGUCUGUUGAUUUUUCUCUUGGAGAUAAGCUCGCGGUUAUCACCACUGAUCCCUUCAUGGAGCGUACUUCUGCUAUUCAUGUCAAACGCAUCGCUGAAGAUCCUGCAGACCAGGUUAGUGAGUCUGUGCUUGUCCUUGAGAGCCCUAAUGGGAGGAAGAGGAUAAACAGAGCUGUUUGGGGACCAUUGAACCAAACCAUUGUUAGUGGUGGUGAAGAUGCUGUGCUCAGGAUCUGGGAUGCUGAGACUGGAAAAUUGCUCAAGGAGUCAGAUGCGGAAGUGGGGCAUAAGAAUACAAUCACGUCGCUCACUAAAGCAGCUGAUGAUUCUCACUUCAUUACUGGUUCACUUGACAAAACUGCAAAGCUGUGGGACAUGAGAACGCUGACUCUUCUUAAGACUUACGUUUCAGGGGUGCCUGUAAAUGCCGUCUCCAUGUCUCCACUUCUUGACCAUGUUGUGCUUGGAGGUGGUCAAGAUGCAUCAGCUGUUACAACCACUGAUCAUCGUGCUGGAAAGUUCGAGGCUAAGUUUUAUGACAAGAUUCUGCAAGAGGAGAUUGGUGGUGUGAAAGGUCAUUUUGGACCUAUAAAUGCUUUGGCAUUCAACCCUGAUGGAAAGAGUUUCUCAAGUGGAGGUGAAGAUGGAUAUGUCAGAUUGCAUCACUUUGACUCUGAUUACUUCAACAUCAGGAUUUAGAUCUUUUUUACACCAAAUCUCUCAAUCCGCAUUUUGUUUCAGUCUCUUUUCUGGAUUAUAAGUGUUGUUUUUCGCUACUAUCAAUACUUUAAUGGUGCUGAGAUAUGAAGUGUUUGAAUUUUGGAUCGAAUCCUUAGAUUUUGUACAUUUCAUACUUUUUUUUUAAUUACAAGUUACAAACUUGCGAUC